AGGCCCCCGAGCUGGGCCUGGGCGGAGGGCUGGACCCGGUACGGCCCCGCGGGGGAGGCCGAACCCGUGGCCAUCCCCGAGGAGCGGGCCCUGGUGUUCGACGUGGAGGUCUGCUUGGCAGAGGGAACCUGCCCCACCCUGGCGGUGGCCAUAUCCCCCUCGGCCUGGUAUUCCUGCCGCCGCCGCCCCCCCACCCCCUGGGAGGCCCCCGCCAGUGCCGGCCCCACCCAGCGAGAAGGGCAGGAGCAGCUAGUGGUGGGGCACAACGUUUCCUUUGACCGCGCCCACAUCAGGGAGCAGUACCGGAUCCAGGGCUCCCGCAUGCGCUUCCUGGACACCAUGAGCAUGCAUAUGGCCAUCUCGGGGCUCAGCAGCUUCCAGCGCAGCCUGUGGAUGGCGGCCCGGCAGGGCAAGCACAAGGCCCGGCAGGUCACACAGCGAGCCCAGAAGUCCCAGGGCAAAGGCAACGGCCCGGCGAUCUCCUCCUGGGACUGGCUGGACAUCAGCAGCGUCAACAACCUGGCGGACGUGCACGGCCUCUACGUCGGGGGGCCGCCCUUAGAGAAGGAGCCCCGCGAGCUCUUUGUCAAGGGCAGCAUGAAGGACGUCCGCGACAACUUCCAGGACCUGAUGCAGUACUGCUCCCAGGACGUGUGGGCCACCUACGAGGUCUUCCAGGAGCAGCUGCCACUCUUCCUGGAGAGGUGUCCCCACCCGGUGACUCUGGCCGGCAUGCUGGAGAUGGGGGUGUCCUACCUGCCCGUCAACCAGAACUGGGAGCGCUACCUGGCGGAGGCGCAGAGCACCUACGAGGAGCUGCAGCGGGAGAUGAAGAAGUCGCUGAUGGACCUGGCCAACGACGCCUGCCAGCUGCUGUCGGGAGAGAGGUACCGGCGGCCCCAGCACCUUCCCGGACACCCUGGGUGGUACCGGAAGCUCUGUCCCCGGCUGGAUGACCCUGCGUGGACCCCGGGCCCCAGCCUCCUCAGCCUGCAGAUGCGCGUCACCCCCAAGCUCAUGGCGCUGACCUGGGACGGCUUCCCCCUGCACUUCUCAGAGCGGCACGGCUGGGGCUACCUGGUGCCCGGGCGGCGGGACAACCUGGCUAAGGUGCCAUCGUCGGGGGUGGCCUGCCCCUACAGGGGCUGGGAGAAGCCUCAGACUGCAGUGGCCCAGGGUCCUGGCUCUGCAGGGCAGCCGGGGUCCCUCGUGGGUCUCCGGAAAGGGGCUGGGAUCGCCCUGCUCCUGCGAGAGAGCGAGGCCUCCUGCUUCACUCCCUUGGUACCUGGGCCCAUCCAGGUGGAAGAGCUGGGCUGCUUAGAGGUGCAGGAUGAGACCAAGACGGACAGCUCGGAGGCGGCAGUUCCGGGCCAGCCCCCAGCUCUGACUGGGGCUGGCGGCCCCACAGCCAGCCAGCCAGCCUAUCACCACGGCAACGGACCCUACCACGACGUGGACAUCCCCGGCUGCUGGUUCUUCAAGCUGCCGCACAAGGACGGCAACAGCUGCAACGUGGGCAGCCCCUUCGCCAAGGACUUCCUGCCCAAGAUGGAGGACGGCACCCUGCAGGCGGGCCCGGGAGGCGCCAGCGGGCCCCGGGCCUUGGAAAUCAACAAGAUGAUUUCUUUCUGGAGGAAUGCCCACAAACGGAUCAGCUCCCAGAUGGUGGUGUGGCUGCCCAGGUCGGCUCUGCCCCGUGCUGUGACCAGGCACCCAGAUUACGAUGAGGAAAACCGCUACGGGGCCAUCCUGCCCCAGGUGGUGACGGCCGGCACCAUCACCCGCCGGGCCGUGGAGCCCACGUGGCUCACCGCCAGCAACGCCCGGCCCGACCGAGUGGGCAGCGAGCUGAAGGCCAUGGUGCAGGCCCCGCCCGGCUACGUCCUGGUGGGCGCGGGGCCGGUGUGUCUGAGCCCCUCUCCCUCCGUCCUGCCCCCAGGCUGCACGGCCUUCGGCUGGAUGACCCUGCAGGGCCGCAAGAGCCGGGGCACCGACCUGCACAGCAAGACGGCCGCCACCGUGGGCAUCAGCCGCGAGCACGCCAAGGUCUUCAACUACGGCCGCAUCUACGGGGCCGGGCAGCCCUUCGCCGAGCGCCUGCUCAUGCAGUUCAACCACCGCCUCACCUCGCAGGAGGCGGCCGAGAAGGCCCAGCAGAUGUACGCCGUCACCAAGGGCCUGCGCAGGUAUCGGCUGUCCGAUGAGGGCGAGUGGCUGGUGAGGCAGCUGCACAUCCCCGUGGAGAGGACCGAGGACGGCUGCGUUUCCCUGCAGGAUCUGCGCAAGGUCCAGAGGGAAGCUUCGAGAAAGUCCCGCGGGAAGAAGUGGAACGUGGUUGCAGAGCGUAUGUGGACGGGGGGCACGGAGUCAGAGAUGUUCAACAAGCUGGAGAGCAUCGCCACGGCCGACGAGCCACGCACCCCGGUGCUGGGCUGCCGCAUCAGCCGGGCCCUGGAGCCCUCGGUGGCUCAGGGGGAGUUCAUGACCAGCCGGGUGAACUGGGUGGUGCAGAGCUCCGCGGUGGACUACCUGCACCUCAUGCUUGUGGCCAUGAAGUGGCUGUUCGAGGAGUUCGCCAUCGACGGGCGCUUCUGCAUCAGCAUCCACGACGAGGUCCGCUACCUGGUGCGCGAGGAGGACCGCUACCGCGCGGCCCUGGCCCUGCAGAUCACCAACCUGCUGACCAGGUGCAUGUUCGCCUACAAGCUGGGCCUCAAUGACCUGCCCCAGUCCGUCGCCUUUUUCAGUGCUGUCGACAUUGACCGGUGUCUCAGGAAGGAAGUGACCAUGGAUUGUAAAACCCCCUCCAACCCGACGGGGAUGGAAAGGAGAUACGGGGUUCCCCAGGGUGAAGCACUGGAUAUCUACCAGGUCCUGGAACUCACCAAAGGCUCCCUGGAGAGGCGCGGCCGGCCGGGCCCGUAGCCGCGGAGGCGGGCAUUGCUCCCGUGGAGCUCACCGGGUGCGCGGCGCCCACACUCAGGCUUUCGGCUGCGCUUUGCCAGGAGCAGGCUGCCAGGGAGGACUGCCUGUCACAGAAGGUGCAGCUGAGUUCAACGGGUUCAGAACCGAGAGGCCAACGUUGGUGCAGGCUGUCGGACAAGGGGCGGUGCUGCUUGUCGGGUAAACAGGAAGCAGAAGCCCCAAAGGGCACAUUAACUCAGGCAUUUCGUUUCUUUCCUCCUUUUCUUCUUGGCUGGUUCUUUGUUCUGUUCUCCGUGCUCUGACGUGGUGUCCUAGAAGGAGAGGUGACCACCCUGCUCAGACGCCGGGAAAUAAACAGAUCCUUUAUCUUCUCA